CCUUCUGUACGCCGCAGAUCAGUUCCCCCACCCAUCCGUGGUCAUUUGCUACCUCCCAGCAGAGGCCGACCAAGAUCCCGACGUCUUUUGGAGACCACGCUGUGACCAGCCGGAGGAAAUGACCUGCUUCCUCUGGUGGAGUCUUUGAACCCAGCCGAGCCAGAUUCCCCUCUCUGGAAGGCAGCCUACGCUACGGACUUUGUGGCCAUUGAAGGGCCCCGUUUAUUCUGAAACACUUGGUUCUCUUCCACCUUCAGUUCCCAAACUUUCAACAAACAGACUUGUCAAAAUGGCAAAGAGGAGAAUGGGGGACGCCCCUCAAUCACCCACUCAAGAGGUGCCCACAGGAGGCUGCAGAUAAGAUUUUCUCUGCCAACCAUUUGAGGACAUGAGCUCUGAGGAGACAUCAGUCAGAGAGAAGAGGCCUCCUGAGAUGGAUAGAGGUGAGGAACCUCUAAACAACUCCAGGCAGCUUCAUCCAAUGGGAACCUGGUCAGAGAAUUCUGGGAAGUCAUUGGGUUCUAGGUCUUCAGAUGGCUUCUGCUCAUCUCCAUCAGCCAAACCAGCCUUCACUGGCACACCUCAGGACCAAGAGUCCUCUUCCAUGAAGCCCAUUAGACGCUUCAUUCCUCCAUCUUGGAAGAACUUCUUCCACCGCUGGCAGAGACAGCCCUGGACUGAGACUUCUCUCUUGACCUACGCUCCAGAAGACUUCAAACACACCCAGUUUUCUGAGCACCCUCAAAGAACCACCUUCAAUGGUGAGGGGAGCUCCACUGACAAUGGGAACGAUUUUAAGGAACCCCUCUCAGCUCCCGCCACCCCUUUGGCGCCUGGGAAGACGCUGACUGCUGAGAGCCAGGGUGCCUUGUCGAGUGGUCCACCCAGCUACAAGGAGAAGUUGGAGACCUACGACCACAAAUAUUCCUACAUGAAGUCGUGGCCUGGCCUCCUGAGGCUGAUGGCAGGCUUGGAACUGAUCUUAGGAGGAAUGGUCUUUGCCUGCACAGCCGCUUACAUCCAGAAGGACUACCAGUGGUCAGCGCUUUAUGGUGGCAACUCUCUGCCCUACAAUGGUGUCUUGGGCGGAGGGUAUGGAUACAAUUACUACGGCCCGAUGACCCCAUUCGUGCUGGUGGUGGUCAGCCUGGUGUGGCUGGUGACCGUGAUCUUGCUAGGCCUCGGGGUCACCAUGUACUACAGGGCAAUCCUUCUUGAUUCUCACUGGUGGCCUUUGGCAGAGUUUGGGCUCAACCUGGUCAUGUCCCUCCUAUACAUGGCUGCUGCAAUCGCCUACGUCAACGACGUCAACCGUGGAGGACUCUGCUACUCCGUAUUUGCCAACAACCCGCUCGUUGUUGCCUUGUGCCGAGUCGAAGGGGGGCAAGUGGCCGCCAUCGCCUUCCUCUUCCUCACUAUGCUGCUGUAUCUGGUUGGCUCCCUCGUCUGUCUCAGGAUGUGGAGACAUCAAGCUGUCCAGAAGAACGCAAGAGUUCUGGUUGGCCAAAUGAACUACGAGCCUCCCUCUCGCCUUGUCUCCUUCCCUUCGUCUCAGCGAAAGGCCAUCCUCUUACGAGGUACGCCUCAGCAAGUCAUAGACCAGGAUGAAGUUACUCCCAAGGAGAAAGUUGCAAGACGCGUUGAGUUCUCAGAGAAGGGCGGGGACCCAGAGGUGUUAAACUUUGCCAUUCCGACAGGCCACCACCCCAAACCUCACAUCGUCCCGGAUUAUGUGUCAAAGUACCCAGCCAUCGGAAGCAGGGAUGAGCGUGAAAAAUACAAGGCCGUCUUCAACGACCAGUAUGCAGAAUACAAGGAGCUGUAUGAUGAAGUCCGCACAGCACUGGGGAAAUUCAAGGAACUGGAGGCGAUGCUCUCCAAACUUCCUCGCCACUAUCAGAACAAGAAGGAAGAAAGCCGGGAUUUCCACUGUUUGGAGAGAUUACCAAAGCAAGAAGGAGGACCCAGCUUUCCUGGAGAAGCAGGAGCGCUGCGAAUACCUCAAGAGGAAGCUGACCCACAUCAAGGCCCAGAUCCAAGCCUACGACCAGAAGACCAGCCAGGGCUCUGUGUACUUCUAAAGAGUGUGCGAAGAUGCCUACGAGCUGGCAUCUCUGACUUGAAGUUUCUUCUGCAAGGAAACGGCAGCAUCCCUUGGGUGUGGUUUUGUUUUUUUUACAGGGGUGGGCCAGGUCUUCUCCUUGGUCUCUUGCAAAAUCCCUGGACACCCCACGAAACUCCACAAGGAGGAACAAGGGCUGAACUGGUUAGCGUUCCUAAGUUUUUGCUGAAAAAUAAGUGAACACCUGCUCUGAGGUUUUCCAAAUAGGGUGGCAAUUUUAUUUGGCCUUUAAUUUGAAUUCAGCCUGAUCUUUUAUUUCCCUUCUCUUCCCUCCCCUUUUAUGAAGAUCACCCGC